AUGGAAUCACUCUCUCCAGAAUGUACUCCGCUCAAGCACCGAUACGACUCGUGCUUCAACUCUUGGUUUGAGGGUUAUCUCCAGCCGGCUUUGGACGCAGACCCCUCCAGAUUCACCCAUCUCAACGACACACCUUAUACGCCCCCUUCACAGCCAGUAGCGGGCCCCUCCAAGCCAUUAGAGCAGCGACGAAUCGUCACCAAUUGGUCGGCGGCUUUCCCUGCCCGCACGGCCGCCCCACAGCCCAUUGCUCCCGAAACACAACCCUCAGCACCGGACGACCCCGUCGAGGCCGUCCGCCACACCCCCUACAUUGCCGAUACCAAAGGCAAAUCUCGCAAUCAAAUCAAGGCGGAAGAAUAUGAGCAGCGAUGUGGAUCCGCGUGGCGCAGCUACCAGAGCUGCCUCAAGGCAAGUCUCACCUGA